UCAACGGGAUGGUGACGUAGAAUGUGUUUGUUAUAGGUAAGAGAGCAAAUGCGUACUAGACAAAAGUACUAAAUUCGAUACUAUACGCUAAUGGCUCUGAUUUGAUACCACCUUAAAAAGGACUUCUUCAAUCAUUAAGUCCAGUUAAACCACCCCUGCAAGCUUGCAUUCAUCUGCCUCCACUUAUGACGGAGUUAAACACCCACAACUCAAAAUAAUCCAUUACACUCUGGAUACACUUUCACAGAGGAAGUGAUGUAUUAUUCUGGAAAAAGGCGGGGAGAAGAUGGAAUUGCUGCUGUCAUUGACUUCCUGUUGUCCAACGCCCGGCUGGUGCUGGGGGUGGGCGGAGCUGCGAUGCUGGGUAUCGCCACAUUAGCAGUGAAACGGCUGAUAGAACGUGCUGGCAGGCCUCCUGAUGAGAAGCCUGAACAGAAGAUGACGGACAGCUGGGAGGAGUUAGGUUUGGUUAGUGCCUCCCCCAAACUGCUCCACAAGGGUAUUGAAGGAGUAGUCAUGAAACAGAUUGCAGCCGCAACCAAGAAAGCAGAACUGUCUCAGCCCAUCCCCUUACCCUCACCUGAACCCCAGCGGUGUGACGCUGACCCACCUCAACGGCGGAAACGCUUGGAUCUGUGCGUGAUGACGUUUGCAGAGCGUCUGCAGCAGUACUUCAGAACACGAGUGUGUCUGUCAGAGGAGGAGGUGUCUGUCGCACAGCAGCGAGCGUUAGAUAUAUCCACAGAGAUCCAGGCCUUCCUGCACUCCAAACACCCAGACAUGCCGUUGGGAGACAUGAUGCUGGCGGGGUCACUGCUCGACGACCUGCAAGUGGUCAAAGCUGAUCAUGCCUGUCUGAUCGUGCCUCUACAGUUGGAGUCCAAUCUGUGGAUGCCUAUUGCCGGAGAGGACACAUUUUUGGGUCACCCUCAGUUCUGCAUGGUGCGGCGUGAAAACCUGGAGUACUUCCCGAGGGGACGGAGCUACUGGGAUCGACAUUU